GUUGGAAAAUCAAUACUACCGACAAGAAUAGAAAAUGAAUAGAAUUAUUACAGCCAUAAGUUUUUGGAGUUCCAAAUUGCAGGGUGGGUCUUGUAACUUUCAUACUUACCAUUGUCCCUCCCUGAAAAAGAUAUCUUUUGUUGCAUCUUGUUUGAUAUUUUUUUCUUUCUAGCCCUUCUGUCAGUCCAACUGUUUUGAUCAUAACAAUUCCUAAUGCAUACAAAAUUCCAGAACUUGUGAAGAAAAUAUGACCGUUCAAUGUCUACCUCUCAUUCUUUUCCUUUUGCUAAAGAAUUCCCUUUUACAUUUCACUAUAUAAAGUAAUCAGCGUAGUACCUUCUCCCAUUCAUCAACUACAGUCAGAAGUUUUCCCCCAAGAAAAACAAAACUAGAGUUAGAAACUUAGAAGUGAUUUUCCAUUUUGCUCAUAGGAGGAUGCUGGAAGGGAAAGCUGUAGUGCGUGAAACUGAUAUGCCAGAAGAGAUGCAGAGCCGUGUGAUGGAGUUAGCAUAUCAGGCUCUUGAUCUACAUGAGGUUUCAGACUGCCAGUCCAUAGCUCAUUACAUCAAACAGAAGUUUGAUGAAGCGUAUGGGCCAGCAUGGCAUUGUGUGGCUGGAAAAGACUUCGGAUCUUGCAUUUCCCAUUUGUGUGGGAGUUUUAUUUUCUUCCAUGUGGAGAUGAUGGAGUUUCUCAUCUUCAAGGAUGGCAGUGACUUCAGUGAGACCAAGGAAGAGGCCAUCGGGGUGCUGCAGGAAGCCAAGAAAAGUGAUUCAUAAGAAUGGUAGGACUAUUAAAGUUUUUGGAGGAUUUAAACCCAACACCUUUUCCAAUUCAACUACACUCCCUCAAGCCAACAGAUCGCUUCUACCACCUAUGCCAAGGCUGAAGGGCAUUCACAAAUUUAUGUAUUAAUAUCUUACUUAGAACCUCCGCAAUAAAAGUAGGAAAUUUGUCAAGAAUAUUGCUUGCAGGAUCUUAUAAGCAUGUCAGAAAUGUUCAAGUUUUGAAGGGAAAUAAAAUGGUUUUGAAUUAGAAUGCUCGACAUAAGAUGGCAAAGAUGUUUUGGACUUCUCAGUGUUGGCCGCAUUACUAGUAUAUAGGCUAUUAGGUCAUGUAAUGUCUGUAUACGAAGAAACUGCACUGCUUGAUACAACUUGAACCUGCAAAAUCAUGUCCUUCAAGAAACACCAAUAAGAAAUUUCAGCACAAUCGAUGCAUGAACUGCCAGAGAAUGAGAAAAUUCAUCUGCAAAUGCAAGCACAACCAGUUUUCUUCUUAAGCAAUACAAAGUA